GCGAGCAUUUGCCUUCCUUUGGUGUCGCAAGGAGCCAGAAUUCGCUCCAAAUGACCCAAAGCAAAAAGAACAGAAGGCUGCUCGCCAGAGCAAGGAGUUCGAAGGUACCUUUAUGACGGAGGCUAAAGAUUGGGCUGGUGAACUUAUUUCUGGACAAACUACCACUGGUCGAAUCUUGGUCGUACUCGUCUUUAUCCUCAGUAUCGCGUCAUUGAUAAUAUAUUUCAUUGAUGCCUCGAAUGAAGAGGUCGAACGUUGCCAGAAGUGGAGCAACAACAUUACUCAGCAGAUAGACUUAGCUUUUAAUAUAUUUUUUAUGGUCUACUUUUUUAUACGCUUUAUCGCCGCCAGUGACAAGCUGUGGUUCAUGCUGGAGAUGUACUCAUUUGUGGACUACUUUACGAUACCACCGUCUUUCGUAUCGAUCUAUUUGGAUCGAACGUGGAUCGGGCUGCGGUUUCUUCGAGCCCUACGACUGAUGACGGUUCCGGACAUUCUCCAGUACCUCAACAUUCUAAAGACAUCGAGUUCCAUUCGUCUCGCCCAACUCGUCUCCAUAUUCAUUUCCGUUUGGCUUACCGCUGCUGGCAUCAUUCAUUUGCUUGAAAACUCAGGAGACCCUUUCGAGUUCGCAAACCCACAACCACUUUCUUAUUGGACGUGCGUUUAUUUCCUGAUCGUCACAAUGUCAACGGUAGGAUACGGCGAUGUUUACUGCCAGACUAUUCUUGGCCGUACAUUCCUUGUAUUUUUUCUACUUGUCGGUUUGGCCAUAUUCGCCAGUUGUAUCCCCGAGAUAAUUGACCUGAUCGGGACGCGAAACAAGUACGGCGGCACUUUGAAGAACGAGCGAGGUCGCAGACACAUUGUUGUGUGCGGCCAUAUCACCUACGAGUCAGUGUCGCAUUUCCUGAAGGACUUUUUACACGAGGAUCGUGAAGACGUCGACGUCGAGGUCGUCUUUCUGCAUAGGAAAGAACCAGAUCUUGAACUGGAAGGUCUUCUAAAAAGGCAUUACACCACGGUGGAGUUUUUUCAGGGUACCAUGAUGAAUGCUGUGGACCUAGAGCGCGUUAAGGUUCACGAAGCAGAUGCAUGCCUGGUUCUUGCUAAUAAAUACUGCCAGGAUCCUGAUGCAGAAGACGCAGCUAAUAUUAUGAGAGUUAUCUCCAUUAAAAAUUAUUCUGAUGACAUUCGUGUCAUCAUUCAAUUAAUGCAGUAUCACAAUAAGGCCUACUUAUUAAACAUUCCAUCAUGGGACUGGAAGCAGGGUGAUGAUGUCAUCUGUUUGGCGGAACUCAAAUUGGGUUUUAUAGCACAGUCAUGCCUCGCACCAGGAUUUAGUACAAUGAUGGCCAAUUUAUUUGCCAUGCGAUCUUUUAAGACGUCGCCGGACACUCAGGCGUGGCAGAAUGAUUACCUGCAGGGCACAGGAUGCGAGAUGUACACGGAAACCCUCUCCCCGUCCUUUACAGGGAUGACUUUUCCCCAAGCUAGCGAGUUGUGCUUCACUAAAUUGAAGCUACUGCUGCUAGCAAUAGAGAUCAAAGGAGAAGGGGGCGCAGAUAGUAAGAUCUCGAUUAAUCCACGAGGUGCCAAGAUCGCUGCCAAUACUCAAGGAUUUUUCAUUGCUCAAUCAGCCGACGAAGUUAAACGGGCAUGGUUUUACUGCAAAGCAUGCCACGAGGACAUCAAAGAUGAAACACUUAUCAAGAAAUGCAAAUGCAAAAACUUGGCUACAUUCCGGAAAGGUGUACGGGCCGUUCAAAUGGUCGGAAGAGCAAGUGAAGACUUCUCGUACUCAAACGACCAUCAUCCUCCCCCCACAUUCACUCCGCCAGAACUGCCCAAGAUGGUUCACGUGAGAGGUGAGAUCAGCCGCGAACGAGAUGAUCCUACUGCUAUGAGAAAUCAUCGAAACUCAGUAGGAAUGACGACGAUAAAUUCGACGAAACAAGUGAACAAAGUUAAGCCAAACGUGAAUAGAACAACAAACGACAGUUUGUCAAGUCCGAAUCAACCGUAUAAUCAGAGAUCACAAGAGGAGUCCGCAUACUCUGGCUACCAUCUCGCCUACGAAGUCAAAAAGCUCAUGCCAACGAGUAGAGGCUCAGGAGGUACAAAUGUCAACAAUAACGGCGGCCUUCAGAUCGGAAUCGCCGACGACCAGGCCAAGGACUUCGAUUUCGAGAAAACGGAAAUGAAAUACGACUCAACAGGGAUGUUUCACUGGAGUCCUUCACGCAAUCUUGAAGACUGUAUACUCGACCGAAAUCAGGCGGCAAUGACAGUACUUAAUGGUCACGUGGUAGUUUGUCUAUUUGCUGAUCCUGAUUCACCUUUAAUAGGACUAAGAAACCUGGUUAUGCCAUUACGAGCUUCCAAUUUCCAUUACCACGAGCUUAAACAUGUAGUAAUAGUUGGGUCUGUUGACUAUAUAAGACGCGAGUGGAAGAUGUUACAAAAUUUACCAAAAAUAUCUGUACUCAAUGGAUCACCAUUGAGUAGAGCAGAUUUACGCGCCGUGAAUGUAAAUCUUUGCGACAUGUGUUGCAUUCUGUCGGCAAAAGUGCCUAGCAAUGACGAUCCAACCCUCGCCGACAAAGAGGCAAUACUUGCGUCCUUGAACAUUAAAGCGAUGACGUUUGACGAUACAAUAGGAGUAUUAAGUCAAGUCGGAAGUCCUAUAGUACUGCAGCGACGAGGAUCAGUUUACGGAGCUAAUGUGCCGAUGAUCACAGAACUUGUAAAUGAUAGUAAUGUUCAAUUCCUCGAUCAAGAUGACGACGAUGACCCCGAUACAGAACUCUACCUCACACAGCCGUUCGCCUGUGGCACUGCCUUUGCUGUCAGCGUAUUAGACUCGCUCAUGUCAACGACUUACUUUAAUCAGAACGCAUUGACUUUAAUCCGGUCGUUGAUAACCGGUGGAGCUACACCUGAAUUAGAAUUGAUUCUUGCUGAAGGUGCAGGAUUAAGAGGUGGAUAUAGUACUACGGAUAGUUUGGCUAACCGAGACCGCUGCCGAGUUGGUCAGAUCUCGCUUUUCGACGGACCAUUGGCUCAGUAUGGCGAAGGAGGCAAGUACGGUGACCUAUUCGUCGCUGCAUUAAAAUCGUAUGGAAUGCUGUGCAUUGGAUUGUACAGGUACAGGUUUCGAGAUACAAGUUCAUCAGCUGACGCUUCUUCAAAACGAUAUGUUAUAACUAAUCCACCUGAUGACUUCACAUUAUUACCUACUGAUCAGGUUUUCGUGUUAAUGCAGUUCGACCCUGGUCUCGAAUACAAACCGAACAGAGGAGCUCGUGGAAAAGAUGACGCUUCCUGACUGUUGCUGUGUAGCGCCCUCACUGAUGGACCGUAUUCUUACAUCUAAAUAGAUGUAAAGAACUGUCAAGCAACAUUUAUCAUUUCUCGACCAUCUCUAAUCUUUGUCUCAAGCGAACUACAGACAUUAAUAAAUUAAUAAAUUAUAAAUAAAAAAUUCAAACAAAAUACAUUAGUAGUUAAGAUCCAACUCAAAAUAAAACAUCAAACUCGUUAAAAUUUAUUUUUGAAUUAGCAUUAACUAUUAAUUUAUUUUGUAAUUACAAAAAUGAUAAAGACUGAAGAUCAAUGAUCGGGAAAUGAUAUUAUGGAAUAUUCUAUCCUGAGGGCUGCUACACUUCAAAAGUAGUUAAAUUAAACGUUUUAAAUUAUACUCACUAUGGAAAUUGCUCAUUAAUCAUCAACUGACAAAGUAUUUAAACAGAAAAUAUGUACGUUUGAAAGGCACAAACUCUUUUUAUCUGGAAUUACGUCCACUCAUAAAAACACUUUUUUGCAUAAUCUGCUGACAAUCGAAAAAUAAAUUACUCUCAUUGGGCGUAAUGAUCCCUACUAGCUGACUCAUUAUAAAAAUCUUAAUGAAAUGUCAUCACAGAAAUAGUAAUCAAAAAUAUAUAAAAAAUUAUAGGCCUCGAUGAAAGUGUUUACGUGUGAAAAUCCACCAGUGAUUAUAUUUUAGUCUCAAGUGAUAAAAUCGAAGUAAUUAAAUAAACAUAAUAAAUUAAUACAUUUAAUAAAUUCUUCACACCUAACUUUGAACAUUUUCACGAAGAGAAGAUUUAAUGUCUCUUUAAAUAAAAUGAUAACUGUGAAUAUUAAAUUAACAACAAAAUGAAUAACCACGAAUUGAAAUAUUUAAUCGGCAUUGCAAAGUGCGGGUCGUAUUUUUACCUCGUGUGUCUUGUUUGCGACUGACGAAAAUUAUAAUAAUAAUAGAUAAAUAUUUAAAAUCAUUAUAAUUUUAUUGAACAUUUAAAAAAUUACACAAGAGCCUAUGAGUCUCUGCGUAUUAACACUAAUUAAAUUUAUUAGCAUAACAACGUAAAUCGUAAUUUCAUAAAAACUAUAGUAAUAUUUAAUAACAGAAAUAGAAAUAAAAAAAAACCCUUUUCCACAAUGAUGCGUAAGUUAAAUCGGUUAUAAUUAUAAUUGUACAUGUCGUAAAACCAUACGUAAUAAUAAUUAUGAUAUAUAGGCGUAUAUAAACACUUUUUCUCUCUUUUAUAUAUUUUUGUGAAACUCACGUGUAUAUAUGCGGACAUAAUAUUAUAUAAGUUUCAACAUAUAAAUAUAUGUAUAAUUAAAUUUAAAUAAUUUGAUAAAACACAGAGGGUGCGUACACAUGUUGUACAAUAACAUUAUUUAGGAAACUCUAAAAAACACAUGAUAUUUUUGAUCGAAAAAGUAUAAUGGGUUUAAAUUUGAAAACAUAAUGAGUGUUAUAAAAAUUGAGUGUAAAUUACGAAUGAAGGCUAUCGGCUGUUCACUCUAUCGAGGAUAAAAAAUUGAGUUGAGUGAAAGAAUUUAAAAAUUGUAAUGCAUUGAAAGUAUGAAGAAAUAAGAAACUAAGUAACGUUAAUUAAUUAAGGAAGAAACAUUAAAUAUGUGAGGUUAUGAGAAAAAUUGAAUAAACUAGCUGUGGUUAAUUCUGCCAUGUUCGUAUAUUACAUGUAGCUACAAUACCGUUUGUAACUGCUGCCGCUGCUGUUACAGCUGCUACUGCUGCUGUUGCAAAUAUUCACGUGCACUGUUCACUGCCACUGCAGUACGAGUUAUGUAUAUAUGUAUGUAUAUAAAUAUUGGUUGUCCCUAUUUGAGGUAUUUUCUAGUUUUUAUGAUAUCCGGACGCAGACUAUUUGGAAUUUUAAAAAAAUAUAUUCAAAAAUGUUCGGGUCUCUUAUUUCGAUUUGAAAUUUACCUCUACGAUGUAAAUUUACCAUGGAAAUAACAUUAAAUUUUUGGCACAAGAAUAGAUCUUUUAUUGUGACUGACGUAAGAAGUAAAAAAUUUUUUAAACAAUACACCUAAAUGUGAAAUCGAAUUAUUUAAAAAAAUCCAAAAAAAGAUUUUUCAUUGCCGUCCGUUAGUCGGUAGUAAAAAAAAAAUAUGUGUCAAUGAGAUAACUGUGGAAGACUUAAUAUCGGCGAUGGAUGUGCGUUUCUAAAACACACUCAACGCUUCGCAUCUGAGGUGCGCAAUUUUAUGAGCUCAAUAAAGUUAGGUUAGCUUAUUUGAAUUUUAUUCAUUCUCAUAAACUUUUUUUCUGGGUUAGUAUAACAGAUAAAAUUUUUUUUGUCAUUAAAAAGUAAUACGCGUUUCGACAUUUUAUUACUCUAGCAGAUUUCGUUUACCGUUUUUGCAGUAAUAUGCGACAUUUUACCUUCAAAUAUUUUAUUUUAUCGUAGCUGGCGGUUAUGUAGUCAUGUGCAGACUAGAUUUCAAAUAAACAAGGGUUUUUUUUAUUAGUUGAUGCGUCACGACAUUUAAAUAAGGAGUAAAAUGAGCAGAUUUGCCGAUAGUAAAAAACGUAAGAGCCGUUAAUGGAUUGCAUACAUUUGAAAUUUUUAAAUAAAUAUCUUUUUUGUUUCUGCAGAAUUUUAUUCAUCAUACUUUAAAAAAUUAUUUUAAAAAAGACAGUAGUAGAUUAACUACCGAUAAAAAUCAAAAACAAUUUUUCAAAAAUAUCGAUAAUGAUAUGAUACUAAAUGGAUAAUUUCAGCCUGAAUAAAAAAUAUAUUCUUCUGCGCCAAAAAUUAUAUUUUAUUGAAAUGGUAUACUUAUGUCACAAAGAGACACAGAUUAUAAUUAAUAUAGAAUCCUACGACUUAAAAAUAUUUUUAAGAAGAACUAUUAGAGAUAUAUGUCUAUUGCAAUAUAUCAUGAUAAAGUUUCAUAUCAUCUUAUCAAGUAGUGUUGAAAAUAUUAUUAAUCGGGGUUAGUAUCUUGCAAAGGUGUGAAAAUUCUUUGUCAGUUUGCUUAAAAUAUGAUCGGCUUAUGGGUUCGGGGCGUAAAGAUAAUCAAUGCAAGUUUAAUUAUUCUUAGUCCACAUGCAAAAUUACGAAAAUCAUCAGUAAAUUUUAAAAAGGAGCAUUAGUUUAUUGCACGGAAAUUAGACUUCAAGUCAACUUGACACCGACAAAUUUUUAGUAAAAAUUACCCAAAUAUUUGGAUACUGCACUCAUCUGGUAAAUAUCUAAAUUUUUCGAUGCACAUUGUAAAAUAUACUACUCGAUAGUAAAUGAAGUGCAAUUACUACUAACAGCAGUAAAAAUUAAGUUACUGGCUAGAUGUUUUUACAGUACCAAACUUUACGGGUAAUUUUUACUCAAAAAUUAUCUGUGUGUCGGAAAAAGAUGCUUUAAAAAAAAAUAAAAUUUUAACUCUUGGAAUUCUAGCCUAAUUAGUAAGUUAAGAGAUCUGAUUUAAUGUGAAUCGACUUGAGCUUCUAAAUUAGAACAUACCUCAAGUAAGGACUUAGCCUAUAUAUGUAUAUAUAUAUCGAGAAUAUAAAUAUUGUGAUGUUUACUUUAACUUUCAAAAAUUCUACUUUCAACACAAUAAUUUGCAUAAAAUUAAAUAGCUUAAAGGAAACUUUAAGCAUGGUCAUACAAUUGAGAAUCGCUUAUAUUUUUAUAAGACUACACUGUAAAAAAAACCGGGUUAAGUCCAGGCGGUGUAGGUGUUAAAUUUCAACACUGAAAGUGGUGUUAAAACAUUUUAUUUUGUGAAUAUUUUUACUUACACUAUCACUACAGUUAAGCAGUGUUCUUAUUAAUUAAUUAAAUUAUAAAAUUAAAAUUUCCUCCAGAUAAAAUUUAUUAUUCUAUAUUGUUUUAUAUAUAAUAUAUUUUUUUUCUAAUUUCUAGAUGUGGAAUUUUUUUCACACCGAUUUAACACCAGUACUUUAACACCGCCAAAUUACACCGCCUACACCAGUGUUAUUUAAUUUUAACACCGCGCAGUGUA